AUGGGUGACUCUGUCGGAUUUUCAAUUGCCAUUGAAGAUCGAUAUAAAGGAAUAAGAGCGCCACAUAAGAUCAAAGCAGCAGUAUCAGGCUGCCUUAGAGAGUGUGCGGAGGCCCAGGGAAAAGAUUUUGGUCUCAUUGCAACAGAAAAUGGUUAUAACCUUUACGUCUGUGGAAAUGGUGGUUCCAAACCAAAACAUGCUGUGUUAUUAGCGAAGGAUAUUUCGGAAGAAACCGCAAUUAAAUAUAUAGAUAGAUUUUUAAUGUACUACAUUUACACUGCCGACAGAUUGGCGCGUACAGCUCGAUGGUUGGAAAAAUUGGAAGGAGGAAUCGAAUACCUUAAAAAGGUUAUCAUUGAUGAUCAUCUCGGUAUUUGCGAGGAAUUAGAACAAGAUAUGUCACGUUUGAUUUACACUUAUGAAUGCGAGUGGACCAAGGUUGUUAACGACCCAAAAAGACGUCAGGAUUUCGUUCAAUUUGUAAAUACGGAUGAAACAGUUGAUGAGAUUGAAUACAAGACCGAACGUGGUCAGAAAGUCCCAGCAGAUUGGCCAAAAGAUUUCAAAGAUGGCGACUUUGUUGUUCCCGACAGCAAAUCGUUGAAUGAAAAAUCAUGGGUCAAAAUUUCUCACGUAGACGCCUUCCCAGUAGAAGCAGGUCAAGUUAUAAAAUACGGUGACACACAGAUCGCAAUAUUUAAUACACACGAAAAAACACGUUGGUAUGCAACUCAAAAUAUGUGUCCACAUAAACGAGCAUUCGUGCUCUCUCAAGGUUUGGUGGGAGAUGAUGAAAAUGGGGUUUUAAAAGUGAGCUGUCCUAUGCACAAGAAGAAUUUUGCAUUGGACACAGGAGAAUGUAUAUCUGGCGACGCAGACCUUAAGCUCAUGACCUUUGACAUUAAGGUACAGGAUGAUCAUAUUUGGUUAAAACUUCCAUCAACUCAAGAACUUGAUAGAAUACUUGGAACAAGUAAAUGGAAGGUUACAAAGAAUGGUAAACCUGAAAAGAGCAGAAUUUUGCACCGAUCGGCAAAAGCCAAAGUAGAAAUGUUGGGUAAAAUAGAUAGUAAUGAAUGUGGUAGUGUUGGAUGUGGUGAUAAGAAAUUAGACUGGUAA